CCCAGCUGGGAUGGAUCUCGUUAAGAACUGGUCAGUAACUUCAGUGGAAUGUCUUCACUGCGACCUUAUUCAAAGUGUUCCAGCCAUCCUUUUCUCCGUUGGGGGAUUUUCUGGAAACCAUUUCCAUGACUUUAGUGACCUGGUGAUCCCACUAUACAUCACUUCUAGACAAUUUAAUGGAGAAGUGCGGUUUCUUAUAACAGAUAACAGACCAUGGUGGAUCACCAAGUUCCAAGGAAUACUCGGAAUGUUAUCUAGAUAUGACAUUAUUGACAUUGAUAGAGAAGAAAAAAUCCAUUGCUACCCAAGCAUAAUUAUUGGCCUUCAAUAUCACAAGGAACUUGGUAUUGAUCAAUCCAAGUCCCAAAACCAGCUAUCCAUGAAAGAUUUCAGGCAGUUCCUAAGAAAAACCUACUGGUUGAAGGGGAGUCAAGCAAUCGGGAUAGGAGAUGAUAUGGGUAAAAGGCCUCGGCUACUGAUCAUAUCCAGAAGAAAUUCUCGAUCAUUCACAAAUAUUGACAAAAUAACUAGAAUGGCAGGAAGCUUGGGCUAUAAUGUAGUUACUGCAGAGCCUAAUAUUUCUACCAGCUUGGGGAGUGUUGCUCAAACAGUGAAUUCUUGUGAUGUAUUGAUGGGCAUCCAUGGAGCUGGACUAACAAACAUGGUCUUCCUUCCUGACAAUGCAAUUCUAAUUCAAAUAGUUCCCUUAGGAUCUCUUGAUGGGCUGGCUAGAGAAGACUUUGCAGAACCUGCCAUAGAUAUGAACUUAAGGUAUUUGGAGUAUAAAAUAAAGACGAAAGAGAGCUCUCUGAUCAAUAAGUAUCAGCUGGAUCAUCUGAUCAUUAAAGACCCUUUAUCAGUUCAUAAACAGGGAUGGGAUGCAGUAAGGUCAACAUAUUUGGACAAACAGAAUGUCAAGCUUGAUGUGAAGAGGUUCAGACCAACAUUGUUAAAAGCUCUUCAGUUGCUUCAUCAGUAGAGCAUAUAUGUAUACUUCGUGUUACUUCAACUGUUUUAUAGCUCAAAGAUGUUCUUUUAAUUUCAUCCCAAAAAAAAAAGGUUCUUUUUCUGCAUUCUCUUUGAGGAGGAAUGGAACAGAAGAGAAGAGAUGGGUGGUGAUUUGAAUGAGCACUUGUUCUUUAACUUGGUCAAGAAUCACAUGAUCAAGUGUCUUGUUCUUCAAUGAAGUUUAGAA